AUGGCAAAUCAACACAAAAGUGCGUUUCUAACCAAACUCCCCGUGGAAAUCCGCCUCCACAUCUACAAGCUCGUUUUUGGCGACAAGGUGAUCGCAUUUACAUUCGGCGGUGGCCCCAAUAUCCGGCAUUGUCUCUGUCCUGAGAAAGGCCGGAAGUUUCACUGGAUCUGCUGGGAAAGCAGCGAUAGCAAUACAACCUGGUGUCAGUGCGACACCCACGAGAAUCCAGAGCCGGUUGCCAGGCUUCCGCUCCUUCUCACCUGUUGGCAGAUCUACUUCGAGUCCGUGGACACCCUCUUGUCCCACAGCACAGUCCCUAUCCAGAUCAUGGGGGGCCCGUACCUCUUUUGUAUCCUUCCAGACAUCAAAUCUGCCCUGACGCCUCGAAGUUUCAACGCGAUCCGCUCGCUCGAGAUCUCGUUUUUGCAUCCGUACAUCGGCUCUUCGGACGCCGGGCAGGUCCUCAAUGAUGAGUGGUUCAGCGGGUGGGUGGGUGUCUGGGGCGUGAUUGGGGAGAUGAAGGGGCUUCCCAUGUUUGUCUACAGGCCUGGCUAA